AUGUUCAAACUACCUGAUCAAGGUCAUUCUGAAAUUCAUCUUUCUUCUCUAAGUGAUAAAUACACAUCGGAAUUUGAUUCUCAAGAUAUCAAUGUUUGGACUAAGUUCUUUGAUCAAUCUCACGUACUUAACGAAGAGGAACGUAAUCGAAUAAAUCAUAUAUUUAACAAACUUGUAACAAACGUAACCAAAUAUGAGCGUGAGCAAGAUUUUCAAUUACUUGAAGCACUUGCAAAACGAUUAUUAAUUAUUGAUCAAGAUAGAAAACAAAAUGAGGAAUCAUGCAUCUUAAAAUCAUUUGAUCAUGAACGAUUGAUAAAACUUCGAACAACUUGUAAACGCUUAAAACAUUAUAAUGCUAUCGAAAAAUUACUUUCGCACGUGUUCACUCGAGACAAAUCACAAGAACUAGUUCUUCCACCAAUUAAGAAAACAAAUAAUCAAACACGUUCAUCGUCUCUUUCCUUCGAUGAUACUCACAUUGCUUUACCAGUUAACAAGAGACAACGAAUAUCAGAUGUCGAAUCUCCAACUUCAGUACGUUUAUGGUUCUAUUUAAAUUUUUGUAAAGAUUUAUUUUAG